CUCUGCCGCUCUACAGUGUGUGCGAUAGCCUCGGAGCUGCGUCCGUAACACACUGUCAAACCACUCCAAACGAAUACAACCGCGACCAAAAGCAUUAAUUCAACACCUUCUGCCAUGGCGUUUUUAAUCUGCCGGUAAAUCGGUCGUAUUUCUGACUGUUCGCUGGAACUUAGUCCGGGGUUGAAUCGGGCUUGCUUUCUGUGUGCAUCAGUCUUUAUUAGCGAAGCUGCCGCUCUUCUUGCUACCAGCUAUUUCUUUAACUUUUUAAACACUCAGCUUCGCGAAUGACUGAGCGCCGGCGGAGUAUGGGAUCCUUGGUGUCUUAAGAAGCGACUGAAGUGGGGUUUAACCGUUUUUGCAUGCAAAAACAAUGGCAAAUUCGACGGGGAAAAAUCUACCAGAUCAGCGAAGGAAAGGACAGGCUUUCCUGGACGAGCUGCGGCAAUUUCACCAAAGCAGAGGAUCGCCGUUUAAGAAGAUUCCUAUCGUGGGUGGGAAAGAGCUGGAUCUGAAUGCUCUGUAUAUCAGAGUCGUCUCUUUGGGUGGAUUUGCUAAGGUCUCUGACAAAAACCAAUGGAUUGAGCUCGGAGACGAGUUUAACUUUCCGAGGAGUUGUUCCAACGCUGCAUUUGCUUUAAAACAGUACUACCUUCGAUACUUGGAGAAGUAUGAGAAAGUCCACCACUUCGGCGAGGAUGAUGAAGAAGCGCAGCCGGGGAAUCCCAAAGCCUCUCUUCCAAUUGGUGCAAUUCCCAGCUCUUAUAACUACCAGCAACACAUUGUAUCAGACUAUCUCCGCCAAAGCUAUGGACUGUCUACGGAUUUCGCUCCGCCGUGCGACUACAACAAACUGGUGCUGUCUCUUCUUUCGGGCCUACCCAACGAAGUGGACUUUGCUGUUAACGUUUGCACUCUGCUUUCCAACGAGAGCAAGCACGCCAUGCAGCUGGACAAGGACCCCAAACUGGUCACGUUGCUGCUGGCCCACGCUGGCGUCUUUGAUGACUCGCUAGGCAGCUUCUCCGGGGUAUUUGGGACGGACUGGAAGGAGAAAACCUGCCGGGACUUUAUCAGGUUCUGGAAAGAGGUGGUGGAGGACACUGAAGUCAGGGAGCUGAUCUGGGACAAGAGCAACCCAGUACAAGAUGGUACGUUGUCUGAGGAGCGCUGGCAAAGCCUCUUCCACCCGCCACGGAACUCUGGUAUCAGUGAUAUGGAGGCCCAGCGGGUGCUGCAGAUUGCCGUUAUCCUGCGAAACCUCUCCUUCGAGGAGGCCAACGUCAAGCUGCUGGCGGCCAACCGAACGUGCCUGCGCUUCCUUUUGCUCUGUGCCCACUGUAACCUCAUCUCACUCCGACAGCUCGGACUCGACACGUUGGGCAACGUGGCUGCCGAGCUUCAGCUGGAUCCCGUAGACUUUCGGACGACCCAUCUGAUCUUUCACACCAUCACCAAAUGCUUGAUGUCCAGGGACCGGUUCCUCAAAAUGAGAGCCAUGGAGAUCCUGGGCAACCUCAGCAAAGCGGAGGACAAUGGCGUGCUAAUCUGCGAGUAUGUGGACCAGGACUCGUACAGGGAAGUAAUGAUGCUUCUCACCCUGCCUGACCUCAUGCUCCUCAUGGCCUCAUUGGAGGUGCUGUACCUGCUGGCCCAGCUAGGAGAGAUUCCCUGCAGCAAGAUCGCCUCUGUAGACCACAGCAUAGACCUGUUGGUGCGGUUAGUAUCUGUUGACCUUCACACAUUUGGACCAGACGCCCUAACAGCGGUGCGGUUGAUCGAGCAUCAGGCCAACGCCGAACAGGCUGCUGAGGUCCGACCACAGCUGGUGGAGCAGGUUCCUGCAGCCGUGCAGGGAGCUCCAGCGCCUGUAACAAGGGUCGCUGUUCAGUCCACUCAACCACCACCUGGUAUUGUUGAACUAGAUGGGGAGAAAUUUACACUGCAAUGGCUAAACGCACACUUCGAGACGAACCCCGAGGGCUCCAUGUCUCGGUCAGAAAUGUACUCCGAGUACCUGGGCAUGUGCAGCAAAAUGGGACGAAGUAACAUCUUGAACUCCACCGGCUUCCUCAAAUGUCUGCGGACUGUGUUUCCAAAUCACACGAUGCGGCGGCAAGAGGAGGCAAGAGCCAACGGCCAAGUCCAAAUCCUCCUGGUAGGGCUAAGGCGAAGGUCAAUCCCCCUGCCCAUCCAGCUGUACUACCAGCAGCCUCAUCAACAGCAGCAGCAGAAUCCGGGUGCAGCACCUUCUCCAGCAGCCCGACACGAUGCCCCUGGAGACCCUCAGGCCCCGGCUCCAGGCUUACCUCCCGGGCAUCCCAUCCUUGGACCCUUGUUUGUCCGGGCCACAGGCCCCAACCUCAGCACCGGAGGUGCCACCCCAUCAAUGGCCUUCACUGCACAGGAACCUCCCCAUGCAAGCCACCCGACUGUUUCCCGGCACCCGGUGCCCCCGCAGGUGCCUCCCCAGUUACCACCAAAUCCUAUGGCAGCAGUACAGCAGCAGCAGGUCCGACCUGGUCCAGUGGUCCAGAUCCCAACGUCGGUACCAGCAACCCAGAACCACAGCCCCCAGAACCCUGCCGCUUCAGCUCAGCAACAGCAGCAACACUCCCCCAUGCUGCCCACAGGGACACCUGUCACGCUUUUUCAGCAGGUACCACAGGGCCACAUCCUUACCGCCAGGGUCCAAGGUGUGUGCCCCCCAAUCACCCAGCAUCCACCCCUUCCUCAAACCCCUCCCUUGUCCGGGCAGCAGGGUGGAGCUCUCCAGGUAGAGGCUCAGUGUGGUGCUGUUGUAUCAGCAUCCUCCCCUCCCAUCCAGGUGGGGGCUGGUCAGGCGUUGAGUAUCGCAGGUGUUCCCAAUUCCCAGGGGUCACGUGUCACAUUUCAGAAUAUCGCCCCCAAACCAGCGCCAAACCAGUCAGUUGGACCAGCAGCCACGAUAGCCACUCCCAACCAGCAGCCUCAACAGCAGGCGCAGAGUGUAGUAAUAGUCAGUCCCAACCCCCAGCAGAACCCCGCCUACACCCCUGCCAUACACCAGAUCGUUCUUGCCAACCCCUCUGCCAUUCCCGGUACCCAGACUAUCCAGAUAGCAGGGCAGCCUGGACCUGCUUCCAGCCCCUGCCCACCUCCUGUCUCUCACUCCAAUACCCAGGUCCAGACUAAUCAAACUGUCAGCCACGCACUGUCCAUGAAACGGCAUCAACAGCAACAUCAACAGCAGUCACAGCUCCAAAUUAUUUCCCAACCUCCUCCCUCUCAGCCUACCUCCACUGAGUCCAGCUUGAUCAAACAGCUACUGCUUCCAAAGCGAGGGCCUUCUACGCCGGGAGGAAAGCUUAUCCUACCCGCUCCACAGGUGCCCCCUCCCAACAGCACGAUAGCCCCAAGUCCACAGGUCAUCUACCAGACAGGCUUCAGCUCCCAGGGACCCUCUCCUCAGCCUCAGCAGCUCAACGUUCAGCUGGUUCCUGGCCAGCUUCCUGCUGCAGGAGCCCCGGCCCUACAGACAGUCCAGCUCUUGCCAGGCCAGCUCAUUUCCACUAGUAGCUCAGGGGCAGCUACCAUCAUCCAGGGCCCCACGGCAGCUGCACAAGUGACAUUCACCGUGGUCCCCAGCACUGGCUUCAGCACCUCUACUGCUGCUGUUGCUGCUGUCAGCCAGGGUGCAGUGGCCCCGGGUGUUCCCCCUUCUCCAUUCUCUACUGGAACCGUGCCCCACCACGCCCCAGCAGCUCCACCUCCACCACCACUGCCAGCUCCCCUCAGAGGAGACAAGAUUAUUUGUCAAAAGGAGGAGGAGGCCAAGGACGCCACAGGGCUGCACGUCCAUGAGAGAAAGAUAGAGGUGAUGGAGAACUCUUCUUUGGCAGAAGGAGACUCCAAUGGCAAAACCAGUAAUGGUGAUGUUGCAGCAGGUGCCAAGCUGCUAAAUGGUCGGAAGUGCAUGGAGUCUAAUCUACCUCCAUACCACUCAGGGAACAGUCAGGGGGCACUAAAUGGCCCGGCUACGGAGAGUCCCCCUGCUAAUGGGAAGCAGGCCCUCUCCCCUGGCCAAAACACCCCCCUGGAGGGUAACCCCGACCCCAAAAAGACUCUAGUCAACGGGGUGUGUGACUUUGAUCGGGGUGAAAGUGGUGGCAACUUUAAUAAAAACAUUCCAAAUCACAUUGCUUCCAAACAGUACUUGGGGAAUGGGGAGGUGGGCCCCUCUGAGAAGAGUCACGGCUCAAACCCUCCUCUCCCUAGCCCUCCUCCUCCCCAGCAGGACACUGCCAAAGCCCAGCAGGCUGAGCGCCUGGCCAACGGACCCCAGGCAGUAGGCACCAAGCCACCCUCGGAAUUAACCAAUGGACCUUUGGGGCCAGGCCAUGCUGUGCCUGUGCUAAGACAGCAACUGCUCCCCAAUUCUUCCCUCCCCUCCACUGUUAAUGUUACCUCCCAGAGUCUUGCUGCCUCUCCUGCAAAUGGAGUGGCCUCUGAGGCUCGAGGCCUCAAGAGGCCAGCUGAGAACGAGGACCGCAGUUCAGCGGCAGCAUCCUCGGGGAUCCCCAACAAAGUGGGAGUGCGGAUCAUCACCAUCAGUGACCCCAACAACGCCGGCAGCAGUGCCACCAUGGUGGCAGUGCCAGCAGGAACAGACCCAAGCACAGUAGCCAAAGUAGCAAUAGAGAAUGCCACUCAGCAGAGGAACUGCUCGCCCACACAGGCAGCUGGCUCAACGCCUACCAUUACCCCGUCCCCGCCCCCUGUUUCCCAGCCUGCACAAGCAGGUAACCACAGCCCUCGUCUCCCAACACAGCAAACCCCUGGAGCACCACCAGAGCAAAGCAGGAAAGAGGGGCAAAACUUCAAGUGUCUGUGGCAAUCCUGUAAACGAUGGUUUGAAACGCCGUCUCAGGUGUUUUACCACGCAGCAACGAAACAUGGCGGAAAAGAUGUGUAUGGAGGCCAGUGUCAAUGGGAAGGAUGUGAACCUUUUCCUCGGCAGAGAC